CUCGUUAUUGACACGCAGACACGCACUCGCCGUAAUGUUUUUGUCGUUAUUCAUUUACGUGGUAUCCAUCGCAGGGGACGCCAUCACUCAUCACUAGCUACCUGCUAGCUUCAGAGUCUCCGGAAGUGGCGUGAGGGCCCGCCUCCACCAUCUGAAAGCUGAAGCUCCUUUGGCUACAGUGCAUGUGUAGGUAAACAGAGAAAGAGAGCGAGAGGAGAGCAGACAGACAGACCAGACAAGAUUGAGCAUGCACGCAGGGGCUGAGCUCAAAGUUUUUUUUUCGGCAACACUCUGACUUUCCUCCCAUCCAAGCAAAGCAUGAACAUUUUCUGCGGCUCAUUCAUUUAAAAAUUUCAGUUCUCGCUCAGACAAAUCGCUCAUAGUCGGUGCGCAAUGAGCGCGUCUGUGGGAACGGGAGUGUUCCUGCUCUCCCUGAUGUCUAUCCCCAUCUGCUAUUUAUUCAAUUCUCUCAUUUACAGCAACAGAUGUUCUCUAUUUCAUGCAGUGCUGAAGCUUUCUUCUUCGCUUGGUGCACAACAGUUCUUAUUCUGGCCAUUUCAGCUCGUUUUAUACUUAAAAAGAAGGCUCCAGUAGAUCCACUUUUCUAUGUGUAUGCAGUGCAUGCAUUCCUCAGUGUGGUGAAUCUGAUCAUUGGACUGGAGCAAGACAACAUCAUUGAUGGAUUUGUGACAUUUUACCUCAAAGAGGCAGAUCCACAUAUCAACACAGCACAUGGGCACAUGAUAUCCUACUGGGAUGGCUGCGUGCACUAUCUCAUGUAUCUGCUCAUGAUUGCUGCAAUAACUUGGGGGGACAAUUACAGAGCUAUUGGACUCUACUGGGUAGGAUCUUUUCUCAUGCGUGCAAUGGUCUACAUUCUUGGGAAUGCUGUGGGGAAGUAUGGGACCCACGUUGGCCCUCUCUUCGUCCUCCAUAUGUUGUACAUCUCAAUGUCGGUGUGGGCUUGCUUCCGGAUCUUUAGUCAGCCUUCUACACGGGACGUUGAGUUAACAGACAUCGAGGAGGCUCAGAGGGCAGGCUUGCGCCGCAGACCUGUGGACUUGGUAUUCAUCAUCUACCUCAUUCCAGCGCUGGCUUUCUGUGUGUUCAGAGGCCUGGUUGUUCUUGACUGUUCCAGCAAAUGGUGCCAAGACUACACACAACAGUAUGAGCCAUACCUCAAAGACCCUUCAGCCUACCCUAAAGUACAGAUGCUGGUGAGCAUGCUGUAUUCUGGGCCCUACUACAUCAUUACUCUGUAUGGGCUGUUGGUCCCAGGAUGUGACUGGAUGCCAGACCUGACUCUUGUACACUCGGGAGCAUUGGCACAGGCCCAGUUCUCCCACAUCGGUGCAUCUCUUCACACACGGACACCGUUUUCAUACAGAGUACCUGUUGACAGCCAGCCUGUCUUCUUGCUGGUCAAUGUGUUGUACAUGCUGGUGCCUCAGGCUCUGUGCUACCGCUGCUGCACACAGCCUGCCUUCUUCCUCAGGACAGCGCCAGAGAAGAAAAAUGAAUGACAGACUGUCGGGGGGGACAGAGAGAGUGCCACAGAUGCCACAGAUGCCUAAAAUAAAGAACUUGCAAAUUCCUGCUGUGUUUGCAGUUAUUAGCGGCUGCUAUUUUAGAGAGGAAACUGCCACCUGUAAACUUCAUGGGGCUAUGUGGAGGUGCUAGAAAUGAAGAAAAAUGGAAAUUGUGCCAUCUACUGUUUUUGAUCUGCUGCUUUUUAUUGAAAAUCUCUGUGUGUAAAGCAGCAGCAUCCACAUAAGGCACACACAAUGUUACACUGCAGGCAAUGGUGCGUUAGAGUUGUGUAACAGAUUCAUAUGACUCACAAAAAUCAUUGUUUGGUAUAAAAACAAAACUGUCGUUUGUUGCUGAGAUUUCUGCGCAGUGCCUUCUGUGUCUGUGCCUUUCACAGCAUUUAUCAGCAAAUAGCAAUUUUUUUAAAUUUCUUUUAACUUUUAGUUUUUUUUAUUCAGUGUGGUUUCAGUCAGUUUGCAGAGUGGGUUCCCUUGAUUCAGUUUAGUUUUAAUUGUCUGAAAAUGAUUAGUUUAAGUUUAGUUUUUAGUAGUUUCCUUGUUAGUCUUAGGUUUUUUUUAAUGACUUUUUAAUUAUUAUUGUAUGUCAGGGGCAAAAUUUAGGAAAAUCCUUACAGCUAAUGCAAUGAAAUCUGUAACAAACUAGCAAAUACCAAAAUUAAGGAUAUUUUCUAUUUAUUUUUUUCUUUUCCAAGUUCACAAAAUCAUUUAAUUUCAUUUUUUUGGUCUAGUUUUUAUUUUUAUUGUAGUUAACUAAAUUUUUUUUGGUUUGUUUUUUACAUCUACUUCUAAUUCAUAAUAAUAACCUUGUUGAGAAAUAAAUAAUUAUUACCUCAAGAGGAAAGAUUAGUGGACACUACCGAGCUUUACUUAGACUGUGCAUCGUUUAAAAACACUUUACACUCUAGUGCCAGCAGAACAUUUUAGUGUGUCUAUAAUAUACAAUGUAAAUCAUUUUUGCUCUAGGUUCAGUGAUUUCACUGAUUAUAUUCUCUAAAAGAA